GGCAUGCCGUCGUUGGGCUAGCUUCGCAAAAAUACUCAAAUCGAUUCAAACAAUUUUAUGACGGCACUUGUAGACAUUAGUUGUAGAUAGACAUUAGACAUGUCCAGCUAUGUGGCGCCUUUUUUGGUGCUCAACCUGGGCUCGGAAAUGAUAUACGUGAUAGCUCAACGGUUGCAGGCACAAAACGUGGCUGAGGAACGAUCCACACUAGUAUUAGAAGACCUCGUCUCAGGAUUAACUUCAAAGUCGCUUAUAGCAGCACUCACGAGACCUCAAGCGACAUAUUCCCACGAAUCGGUCCGUGAAAUUAUUGAAAACAUCACUCAGUCGUCGGCAAUGCGACUUGACGCCAUCAGCAUGUCAAAAUUGUGGGACUUGAUCACCAUGGUGUUCAAGUGGCAGAUCGAUAUGUCAUCAGAGAUCGUGGAAAUCACUCUACGCCAUCUCUACGAAAUCGAAACGUUCGUAGCGAGCGAAGAAACGCAACUUCAGCUUCAUAGGGUGCAAAAUAUAAUUUCAAAUUUUGGCAAAGUACUCAGUGACGAUGAAAAAUCUUUGCUCUACGAAGAUAUUCAAUACUGGUGUAAGGAUUUCCACAUCAGGGUAUCCCUACUACUCAGAAUGGGUCUUCAGAACAUGGACGGUGAUUUCGUCGUAAACAACCUCGAUCCUUUGGCGAAGAAAAUGCUGGAAAAUCUGGGUGAAAACAUAUACCAAGCCACUCAAAAUGGUAAAAUUUUGGAAAACAGAAAUCCCACCACCACAACGGUUAGCGAUCUCAAUAAGAAUGUCAACGAAUUAAAUUGUUUUGUCGACGAGGUGCUUGGGGGCCAGAGAAAACUAAGCAGUGGUAGUAUGGAAGGCAACAGCAACGUCUCAAGACUACUAAACGACGAAAAACUAAACAACAACCCGAGCACUAAACUAAGAAGAUUCGAUAGUAUCAAUGUUGAUAUCAACGAACACGAAAAAUUGCAAGAUCUGGUUCAUGAUUUGAAUAUAAGAGGUGAUCAGUUGGAAGACACCAGUCUUAAAGAUGAAUUGCUGGAUAUGAUCGCAAAUGAUGACACCCAAUCCAUUGUUUAAGGGAAUUUUGUCUAUGACACUUUAGUGAACCAUCAAAAUUUAAGGGCCUCUGCCAAAAUACUGUUUUUUUAAGGUUUUUUCCAGAGUUACCGCGUUGGUAUGCUUGUAUACCCUUCUUCUCUUGGUGUUUUAUCAACUAUUUUUGAAAAACACGCCACAAAAAAUAUAAAAAUGCAAUGGAAUUUACUCUUUAACCCAAAAAGAGUACAUUUCAUGUAUUGUGUCAUAAUCGUAAUCACUGUAACUCACGAAAAAAUCCUUAUUCCGGAUUUUAGUUAUAAAAAAAUACUAUGCUGGUCUCUUCUACAUUUUUCUCAGGAAGUGAAUGUAAAUCUCUAUUCUGCUGUUCAUUUUUGUAUGUAUAUUGUUACACAGAUGUUCAUUGUUUCAAAAUCAUAAU